UGCUCUCUCCAGUUCCAGACAUCUAUAACCCCAAGCAGCUAUCUCAUCAACCAUGGCCCGCAUCUGGUUCAUCACCGGCUGCUCCUCCGGCCUCGGCCGCCAAAUAGCCAUCGCAGCAGCUCAAACCGGUGACAAGGUCGUAGCCACCUCGCGCGACCCAUCCAAAUUAAACGACCUGCAAACCAUAAGUAUAAUCCCCACUAAGCUUGACGUAAGCAAUGAGUCCGAAAUCAAAUCCGUCGUCGACACCGUCGAGUCCACCAUCGGCCCCAUUGACAUCCUCAUCAACAACAUCGGCUACAUCCUCGAAGGCGCCGUUGAAGAAUGCAGUAACGACGAGGUACUCGCCCAAUUCGACACGAACGUCUUCGCCCAGCUCCGCGUGCUGCGCGCCGUCUUGCCUUAUAUGCGCGCUCGGCGAUCCGGCGUCGUGGCCAAUAUCGGCUCCAUCGGUGGCUGGCAUGGCGAGGCGGCUGCGGGGCUGUAUUGUGCCAGUAAGGCGGCCGUUGCGAUCUAUACCGAGGCGCUGGCGGCGGAGUUGGCGCCCUUGGGGGUUCGCGUUACGUGUGUCGAGCCGGGGUAUUUUCGGACGGGGUUUCUGACCCCUGGGCAUCGGGUGGUUGCGGGCUCUCGCAUCCUGGACUUGGAGGCGACUACGCGACUGAUGCGCGAGGGGCUUGCGGCGUAUAGUUUGAGGCAACCGGGGGAUCCGGUGAAGGGGGCACGGGUCCUGGUCGAGGCGUUGACUCUGUCGGGGCGCUGUGAGGGGAGGGAAUUGCCUGUGAGGCUGGCGCUGGGGAGAGAUUCUCUGACUGCUAUUGGGGGAAGUUUGACGAGGGAGAGAGAGAUGUUGGAUGGUUGGGGGGAGAUUGUUGCGUCGACGGAUUGUGAUGAUGUGAUGGGCUGAUGAUUUGACAUUCGACUGACUUGUUUGGUCGGUACGGUUGAUGAGGAAGUUAUAGGAUUAUGACUUGGUUUAGAGAGCAUGCGCUUGAUUGUUUGAUUGUAUAUGGGUUUGUUCC